CACUUGAUAUGUAUAUCAAAUAUGUUGCAAGUAUUCACUACUAGAGUCGAUAAUUCAUGAUGCCAUGUGAGGAUUUUGCCUGACAGGCGAUUUAAUAGACAUGUUUGUCUUGAGACCCCUCACAGAGUUGUCAUAUGAAUUUAUUUUCAGUUUUCAACAGUCAGAAUUUGGAUGAAUGAUGCAGUAGACCUUAGUCACUCUAGCGCCAUCUGGGUCAUUCCUAGCAUUCGGUGCCAUUUGAGUCCCCAUGACAUUAUUUUGUGUAAAAAUGGGCUAAUACUUGUUUCUAAAUGCUCAUCUUACAUAGUUAGUCCCCCUCUACCAUAGAACACAAUAAUAUGUACCCAGGAUUAAUUAAUUAAAAAUAAUUACUCUGAUUUUGUCCCCAAGGAAGCUUGCAAAAUAUAUAUUUUGUUAUUAAUAAAUUUUUAAUGCUUAAAGUCUAAAAUAUUUUGUGUCCCUGAAUUGGAUGUCCCCCCUGGAAAGUCCCUCUGAACAUGCCCCUUCUUGACUGUUCCUCUAAUCACAUGACUCUCUGGAAGUAGAAUACUUUUUGGCAGCAAACUAUCUCCAAGAAGCUGGGUGGACAUUUGGCCUUUGCAUAUGUGAAGAAUUUGGUCAAAAUGAUUAAAGAAUAAUAUCCUGAGCUGGACCAAUAUAUUUGUCUUGUAGUGUAAAAAGCCCUUCUUCAGAUAAAAUGAUUAAAUCACGGAAAUAUAAACUUUAUUUUGAUAGAAAGUUACCAAGCUGAAAUGGCACAGAAUAUAUUUUUAUUAGGAAUGAAAACGAGGCUGUGACAGUCUCUUCAAUGGACUUUACUGCAGUUUAAAGUGUUUUAAAUCAUUCUGCAGACAAAACAUUGAUAAAUUUGUGUCCAAGAACAUUCAGUAUACAAAGAACUCCAGACUACAUGAGUUGUGGGAAAAUCAGAUGUGAUCUAGGAGCUCUUCGUGAUCGCUUGUUUUACCACUACUACACAAAUACAGCUAGGAAAUGGCUUUAAACGGCUUUAUACAAACAACUUCAGCAUUACGGCAUAUCACUGAGACACACCACGGGCUGAUUAAUUACACAAUGGAUGCUGUUUAAAAUGGUGGAGGCCAUUGCGGUUUCUAUAGUGAUCGACUCUUGUGCACCGGCUACCACGAAAUAGGGAGAAAUACCCCCGCUUGGACGCUAUUUGUACAGCUGAGAACGCUCAUCUUCAGAAAGCUGACAGCAUCUCUGCUUGGAAGUGGCAACAGAUGAACAGACACAGCUGGCGUGCCAUGGACAACGAGGAGGGGGGCGUUGACAGAAAAAUAAUUCUGUAUAAGGGGACAAAUAUGGAGGACUCUUUUCCACCCCAGAGAGCAGGAUCUCCAGAACCCAGCUGUGUAUCUAUGAAGAGUAACAGCUCUAUGAUAAAACCUCCUGUCUUUAGUGAUGAAACAGUGACCUCUAACCUUAGAGUGCAGACACUGAGAGCAGCAUCUCCAGAUCCAAGCUAUGUGUCUAUGAAGAGUAACAGUUCUAUGAUUAAACCUCCUGUCUUCAGUGAUGAAACGGUGACCUCUGACAUCUGGGAAGAGGAGACUGGAGACCAGCAGAAUGAUUCUCACCAGCGAGUAAAUGAUGUCCUUCAGAGAGUCAAAGACACUCACAAAACCAGUAUGAAGAAGAAGUAUGAGAGCCUAUAUGAGGGAAUCAAACUACAAGAAAAUCAAACCCUCCUGAACAGUAUUUACACACAGCUGUACAUCAUAGAGGGAGAGAGUGAAGGGGUGAAUCAAGAACAUGAGGUUUUACAGAUGGAGAAAACACCAAGGGCACAACCCUUACAAGACACUCAAAUCCACUGUAAUUGCAUUUUUGAUCCCUUACCUGAACCAGGGUGUAAGGAGGAGAGAAAAGGUAAAAUAAAGACUGUUCUUACUAAAGGCAUUGCUGGAAUUGGGAAAACAGUCUCUGUGCAGAAGUUCAUUCUGGACUGGGCUGAAGGAGAAGCCAAUCAGGAUGUAAAUUUCAUGUUUGUGCUUACAUUUCGUGAGCUGAACUUGAUUAAAGAUGAGCAGUACUGUCUUCACAAACUUCUUAUUGACUUUCAUCCUGAACUUCAAGGUCUGGACUCAAAUUUAUUUGAUGAGUAUAAAGUUGUGUUCAUCUUUGAUGGUCUGGAUGAAAGCAAAAUUAAACUGCAGUUUUCAGACUGUGACAGAGUUUCUGAUGUGACUGAGACUUCAUCAGUGGGUGUGUUGUUGACAAACCUCUUCAAAGGAGAGCUGCUUCCCUCUUCUCUUAUCUGGAUCACCUCCAGACCAGCAGCGGCCAAUCAGAUCCCUUCUGAAUACAUCAACCGUCUGACAGAAAUCCAGGGAUUCACUGACCCUCAGAAGGAGGAAUAUUUCAGGAAGAGAAUUAGUGAUGAGCAUCAAGCUAGCAGAAUCAUCUCACACAUCAGAAGUGCAAGAAGCCUUCACAUCAUGUGCCACAUACCAGUCUUCUGUUGGAUCUCAGCCACUGUGCUUCAAAACAUCCUGAAACUAGAUGGCAAUACAGAAAUCCCUAAAACUCUGACUGAAAUGUACAUACACUUCCUUAUUAUUCAGACAAAUAUGAGAAAUCAGAAGUAUGAUGAGACAGAAGAGAGAGAUUCAAAGAAACUCCUGCAGUCAAACAAAGAAAUUAUUCUAAAACUGGCUGAACUUGCUUUCAAUCAGCUGCUCAGAGGAAAUAUCAUGUUCUAUGAGGAGGACCUGAGAGAGAGCGGCAUAGACAUCAAUGAGGCCUCAGUGUAUUCUGGCAUUUGCACUGAGAUCUUUAAGGAGGAAUCUGUGAUUUAUCAGAGAAAAGUCUACUGCUUCUUACAUCUGACCUUUCAGGAGUUUCUUGCUGCCUUUUAUGUCUUUUACUGCUAUGUACAUAAUACUUCUGAGACCUUGAAAGUUUUCGAUUUGCUUCAUAAUUUGCACAAAGGAGUACUGGAUAAAGCCCUUAAGAAUGAGAAUGGACGGAUGGAUCUUUUCCUCCGAUUCCUGCUGGGUAUCUCACUGGAGACCAAUCAGAUACUCCUACAGGGUCUACUGACUCACACAGAGGACAGCUCGGAGAGCAUUAAGGAAACUAUAAAGUACAUUAAAAACAUAAUCAAAAAGUGGAAAAACACUUUCUCCUCCGAAAGAUCCAUCAAUCUGUUCCUCUGUCUGCUUGAAAUGAAUGAUCAGACUCUGUAUAGAGAGAUUCAGGAGUUUCUGAAAUCAGAGAAACACUCCGAGAAUAAACUCUCUCCUGCACAGUGUUCUACAGUAUCCUACAUACUUCAGAUAUCAGAUGAGGCGCUGGAUGAGCUGGAUCUUAAAAAAUACAACACAUCAGAGGAGGGUAGAAGGAGACUGUUACCAGCUGUGAUGAACUGCAAAAAAGCUCUUCUUGCUGACUGCAAUGUCACUGAUCAGUCCUGUGAAAUUGUGGCCUCUGCUCUAAAAUCCUUAAACUCCCCCAUGAGAGAGCUGGACCUGAGUAACAAUGACCUGCAGGAUUCAGGAGUGAAGCUGCUCUCAACUGGACUAAAGAGUUCAAACUGUAAACUGGAGAUACUGAGAUUAUCUGGCUGUAUGGUGACAGAGGAAGGCUGUUCUUAUCUGGCUUCAGCUCUGAGAUCAAACCCUUUACAUCUGAUAGAGCUGGAUCUGAGCUACAAUCAUCCAGGUGACUCUGGAGUGAAGCUGCUCUCUGCUCUAAAGGAGGAUCCACUCUAUAAACUGGAGAUACUCAAUUUGGAUCAUGGUGAACAUUUCAGAAUCCGACCAGGACUCCAAAAAUAUGCCUGUGAUCUCACACUGGAUCCAAACACAGCAAACAAUCAUCUCUCUCUGUCUGAGGGGAACAAAAAGGUGACGCGUGUGGAAGAGGAGCUGCCUUAUCCCGAUCACCCAGAGAGAUUUGACUGCUUUGAACAAGUUCUCUGUAGGGAGAGAAUGUCUGGACGCUUUUACUGGGAGGCUGAAUGGAAUGAGAGGGGCGCUGGUUUAUCAGUUACAUAUAAAGGAAUCAGGCGAACAGGAAGUGACUGUAGGUUUGGCCUCAAUGAAAUGUCCUGGAGUCUCAUCUGCUUUGAUAACAAAUACUCUACCUGGCACAGUAAUAAGAGAACAAAUAUAACCACCCCUUCGCCCUCUUCUAACAGAGUAGGUGUGUAUUUGGAUUGGACAGCGGGCAUGCUAUCCUUCUACAGUGUCUCUGACUCACACAUGCUCAUUCACUUAGACACUUUCCACACCACAUUCUCUGAGCCCCUCUAUGCUGGAUUUAGGCUUUAUCCUGACACUUCACUUUUUCUAUGUCAGACUGAAGAGCAUAACGAUGGCAAAACAUAACAGAGAUGGCAAAAUGACCAAAAAAGCCAAUUUUCUCACUGUUACAUCCUUAAAUGUGAUUAAUGUAUUUAUUGUAUUUAUUAAUAUUAAUGUACUCUAUUUAUUAGUCUUAUAUGCUGUAUGUUUGCUAUUUGUGUCAGUGUGUAUCUGGGUGUGUUGUUUGUUUUCUUGUCUUCUGUUCCCAUUCUGACCAGUUGGCUGUCUUCUCCACAUUUGCUCCAUCAGAUGCUUGUGUCUUAUAUAACCUUGUCAAUGUAUUCAUGAUAUACAUUUUAUUUCUUAGACUUUGCUCAACUGAAAAUGCUCACUGAAUACUUAUUUCAAUUUUCUCCCCCUAUGGGAGUCUAUGGCAGCCAUUUUAAAGGGGAUAGUUCACCCAAAAAUAAAAAUGUUCUUUGCC